CUUUCCUUCCCUCUCUGCCUCCUUCCCUCCUUCUCCUCCCAGCGGAGCUUGCAAGCCUCCUCCUCCUCCUCCUCCUCCCCUCCGCUGCCUGGCUCUUGCUCCUCAGUCCGUUGUUCACACGCCGCUCCGGAGUGGCCCCGAUCCGAUCCCGAUCCGGAAAAGCAAACAAACCCCAGACCCUCCGGAACCACCCCAAAAGAGGCCCCCUUUGGAAGAGACUGCGGACCUUGGAGGGGAAGCCAAAGAGGCAGGAGUCACACGAAGCCAAGUGGUGUGGACAAUGCACGGCUGAAGACAUCGCCCCCAUCCCAGUUGGUUGGAGAUCCAUGGGAGAGAACCACCACAAGGAACCUUCUCAAAAUUUUCCAGAUCACCCCCCAUCUUGAACCAUCCUCUCUGGACCUGAUUUGGAACUGCAUGGCCCCUUGUUGGAGCAGAAGGACACCUGAGUGAUAUCUCACCAUAGUUUGGCUCCUGGCCUAGGUUGGCUUUCUGGACCAAGGUCCAUUUUGCAACUCCCGCAAUGUACCAGAGUUUGGCCAUGGCAACCAACCACGGCCCACCCUCCUAUGAAGGGGCCAGUGGUUUUAUGCACAGUGCAGCCGCAGCUUCACCAGUCUACAUCCCCACCACCAGGGUCACCACCAUGAUCCCCAGCUUGCCUUAUCUCCAAGGGGGUGCCUCAUCCCAACAGGGAAGCCCGGUCUCCAGCCACUCCAUUUGGACUCAACCUGGGGCCGAGAGUGUGGCCUACAACCCGGGGUCUUCUCACCCUUCGGUGUCUCCCCGGUUCUCAUUUGCCACCAGCAGCCCCAUCUCGGCCACCACCUCCAGAGAGGUGGCCGCUUACAGUAGUUCACUCAGCAUUACGGCCAAUGGAAGAGAACAGUACACCCGGAAUUUCGGGGGGUCUUACUCCAGCCCCUAUCCGGCAACCUACAUGAGCCCUGAGUUGGGGACCGGCUGGACUGCAUCUCACUUUGAUAGUUCCAUGCUCCACAACCUCCCAAAUCGAGGGACCCCAGGAGCUGCCAGACACGGCAACAUAGUGCCUCCAGACUAUUUUGACGAUUACAGCGAAGGCCGAGAAUGCGUCAACUGCGGGGCCAUGUCCACCCCACUAUGGCGGAGAGAUGGAACCGGCCAUUACCUGUGCAAUGCCUGUGGACUCUACCACAAGAUGAAUGGCAUCAACCGGCCACUAAUUAAGCCCCAGAGGAGGCUGUCAGCCUCCCGUCGGUUGGGGCUCAUGUGUGCCAACUGCCAGACGACCACAACCACCCUGUGGCGCAGGAAUGCGGAAGGCGAGCCAGUGUGUAAUGCUUGUGGUUUAUAUAUGAAACUCCAUGGGGUCCCAAGGCCUUUAGCGAUGAGAAAAGAAGGGAUCCAAACCAGGAAACGUAAACCAAAGAACGUAAACAAGUCUAAGCCAACUGCAGGACCAGCAAGUAAUAAUGAAAACCUUACCUCAGCCAUCAGCUCAGCCGCCUGCACCAGCACCACAACUACCAACACCACUGAAGAAAUGCGUCCCAUCAAGACAGAACCAGGGAUUUCAUCUCAUUAUGGGCACCUCAGUCCAAUUCCUCAGGCGUAUCCACUCGCUACAGCGUCUGGGCACAGCUCCACUCUUCAUUCCACCAUGGCAUCCCUCAAACUUUCCCCCCAGGGUUACCAGGCAAGCGUCAGCCAGUCUCCCCAGGCUAGUGCCAAGCAAGACUCAUGGAAUGGCCUGGUCUUAGGUGAAAACCAUGGAGACAUCAUCACAGGGUAACCACCUUCUGCCCUCCAUGGAUGUACAAGACACAUAGACGAAUCACACGAUCGAGCAACACCGGAUUGUUUUUCUUUAGGUUUUGGGUUUUUUUUCUCCGCCCAUUUUCUUGAAGGGUAUACCAGUCUUAGUAGAACCAUUCCAAGCUUUGGCCUUUGGAGGUGGCUUUUCUGAAGGCCAAAGGGUCCAUCUUUGGAUUCAACUCUGUGAAGAUGGCCAUCAACUGUUAGAACAAAUGGAAAAUUUUGGCCAGCAGUGGUUCAGAAAGCUACCUUCAGUACAACAGACAAAAAUGAUUAAUUCUUUCAAGAAAAUGAAACAAAACUCUGCACCCGAUGACUUGGACAGCCAUAUUUCUGCUCUUUUCUUGACUUUCAUCAUCUAUUCAAGACUCCUGCUUCACUCAAAAAGUUUGGGAGAACAGAGAUCCUCCUUGGACUAACCUAACUUGGAAAGUGCUCACUCCAAGAUCAGCUAGAAUAAGGUGUGGGCAUGGUGCAAGCCCCCACCAGUCCUUCAAAAACUCCCAACUCACCACUUUUUUUUCAAAACUUCAAUGUGAUUCCAGGCAAUUUUGCCUUAAAAAAAAUCACAUAGAAAGCCUCACAAGUGCACAAAAGCACAUGAAAAUACCUCAUCCCGUCCCUAAAAACAUCCCAAUACCCAAAUAACACAGUUUCCCUCUACAGUCUCUCUCAAAAUGGUGACAUUUUAAGAGGGGAUGGAGAUGGAGAUAGAGAUAUAUGGGCUUAUGCUGGGGAAUGUGGUCCCUGGACACGCUGGGGGAAAGUUGCCCAAUGCUCCUCAUGCCAUCAUUCAUUAUCAUUCAUGGAUAAGAUUUGGCUGUGUGAACAACUUUUCCAUACAACUGGUUCUCAUUUGCUAGAGAAGCCAACUAUGACGUGAUGACUUAAAUACUGACUUAAAACCCAGUGGAGCUCUCAUCUUGCUCCAUGUGAUGUGCACAAAAUAAGGCUUUUCAGACAGACAGCCCUGAGCCCAACAAAGUUGGAAAAACCAAACCAUUUGUGCAGCCCAGACUGGCGCAUUCACACCACACAAUUACAGAGCCAAGAUUCCACUUAAACUGUUAUGUCAAUGCCCUAUGGAAUCCUGGGAUUAGCAGUUUAGGGAGGGGGGCAUUUAGGAUUCAUGGCCAAAUUGUUUCCGAUGUCUCACCAAACUACAAACCUCUAGGGCUUUACCCCCCACCCCCUUUUUUAAAGCUACCAUGAGACCCAGCUUGGGCGAAAGGUUGGAUAUGGAUGAAGGGAUGGAUGCGUGGAUGGUGGAUGAGUGAGUGGGUGGAUGGAUGGGUGAGUGGUUGGGUAGGUGUCUGGACCGAUGAGUUGGCAGGUGGGCAGGUACGUGGAUGGCAGACUGGCUGGCUGCCUCGAUAGAUGGAUGGAUGGAUGGUUUGGUAGGUGGGUGGAUGGGUGAGUGAACAGAUGGAUGGGCACACGAUGGAUGGAUGGGUGGAUGGAAUGAAUCACAGCAGUAUAGUUAGAAUGGGCAUGAGGACCAUGAAAUGGGGCUGGGCAAAGUCUUUCUCUCCAGAUGUUGUUAGACUGCUGCUCCCUUCUGCUCUGGCCAGCAAAGCCAGUGUUGAAGAUGUUGGGAGGUGCAAGGCCAUGAUAUCUGAAAGACCUCUGAAAGACAUCUUUGCUCACACCUUUUAAAAAAUAUGGGGCGGCACUUUCUUUGGUGAAAGUAAAACAGAAAGAGAACUAGUUGGACAUGAUUCAGCGAUGUCCCAAUGAUUUCUCAGGUGGGGAAUCAGCCACUGGCAGCCACUGUGCAAAAUCUGCCCUGCUGGGAGGUUAUGUUUGUCCACCUACCUGCCAGUCCUGGAUGCAAUAGUGGGCUAUAGGUGAGCAGCUUGACUUGCAAUGAAUCUAGGCUUCCAGGUAGUUACCAGGAUGGAUUGAGGUCUUACCCCCUCCUGUUGCCCCCCUCCAGUUUUCAAAGGACUCUCUGCCCCCAAACUAGCUGCUGACUUGGAUUCUUUAGCAGUCCUAUGUGUUGGGAAAAUUUCUGCAAAACUGAAUGGAUCGCUUUACAUUCAUUCUUGGCUUCCUCUUUUCCAAAUCUAGGACGGGGUUUCCUUAAUAAGAUAUAGUAAAAUCCCACCAUAAAUGACAAGCUGAAGAUUUGAAAAAGGGUCCCAAGAAUUUAGAGCCUUUUGAAAGGUGGGAGAAAGAUUCCCAAGGUUUCUGACUCGGGUAGCUGAGAUCACAGCUGGCAGAAUCCACUACUGCCUAGGGGAUCCCAUGGAUCUAGUGAUCUGACAACUCCCUGCAGCUUGUGCCAGUGUUAAAUUCAUUCCAUUUCUGUCAUUUUGAUUAUUUCCCCCCUUCUGUCACUAGUGAUGAAUCUAAUGUUUCUUACUUUACAAGCAGCAAUUCCGCAUUCCCUUUCCUGACAUUAAACUGAAGGAGGGAGUUUCUAAUGCCCUUAAAUACUCUCCCCCUCCCCAAUACAAGCAGAACUUGACAGAGAAUAUGGAAAAACUGCAAAUCAGCUGGAUAAGCGGCAAGAUUUCCCCAUUGCAAACAAAAAAGGUCACUUUUUAAAUCCCAAACACAGCCACCACUCCUAUGCUGCCAAACUUGCCACAUGAGCUAAAUAAAAAGUGAUAUGGGAUAACAGCAGCCUUUUAGACUGCACCCAAUCUUCAGGUAGGAUCGCCAUUGUCUUUACCUCACCCAGCUCUUGUGCUUUGAGUUGCCCUCUUGCAUGCCACAUUUACAGAUGGUUUGGGCAGAUCUCUGUCCGCAGCUGGAAAAAAUGCCUCUUGAUUUUGGAAUAGCAGAUUAAAAUGCUGCAAAAAAGCAAAACACACAAGAGCUGCACAGGCCCAUUGCUCUGGUCAGUUGGCAACCCCAUUCCAUUCUAUGGUGUUGGACAAUGAGUCGUACUUUCCAUGUCCUGGUUAAAUGCGUGGCAUUGUUGGUUUUUUAAAAAUAGAACAAGAAUAGAAAAGUAGAAGGGAGAAGGAGGAUCAGACAAUGAGGGAUGGCUUCUUGUUUGAGGCAUUCAGUCAAAAUAGACAUUAUUGGGUAGAAAAGUUACUUUUUUAAAACUGUAGCUGCCAGAAACCCUAGCCAGAAAGGUAAUGCUGGCUGGUGGAUCGAGGGAUUUGUCUGCCAGCUAUGAGGAAAUUAUGGGCUUUCUGGGAGCUUCAGUCCAAAAGUGUAACUUUUGCCAAGUUCUUGCCCUGGACGAGAUGGACAAAUACUUUACUCUGAUAUAAGGAUUUUCCUUGAGAGUCCAGAUGGCGGACUGGGGUUGGUUGGGAUUCUUCAAUCAGCUUAUUAUUUUUAAGGCCAGGAGACUGUGGAUCAAAUGGCUUUAACAAUACAAUUCCCAUAGGCUUUCUUCUUUUUCUUUUAAAAACGAUGGGAAUCACAAUGUGGAAAUACGCUGAUUGUUUACAUCUUCCCUCUUGGAAAAAGACUGAGCUCUGUUUGAGGCAGCCGUGAUGAUGCCCACGAAUACAAAGAUGCUGUAAUGUCCUUGAGCAGGUUUCAGUGAAAAUAAAUCAUGUCUUUACCUAUCUCAGAUCAAGCGGAAUAGCAAAUGGCACAAUAAAGUGGAAUCCUAAAUAAAAAA